AUUGGUCACGUGAGCAACAAAAUGGCCGUCGUCUUUUGAGGAGACGUCUUGAUGUAAACUUUUGACUGUCAGAGGAUUACGUCCCAAAACAAGGAAGUACAGCGCAUUUUCGCUUCUAUUUAAACAAGAUGACUGAGUUUUGGCUGAUAUCUGCACCUGGGGAUAAAACCUGUCAGCAAACCUGGGAGAACCUGUGCAAUGUGACAUCUCGACAAAAUGCUUUGUCCACCAAUUACAAAUUUUCUAUACCUGACUUAAAGGUUGGAACACUGGACAUACUGGUUGGGUUAUCUGACGAAUUGGGAAAGCUUGACGCUUACUGUGAAAGUGUGACUAGAAAAAUUUCCCAUUACAUGGGAGAUGUUUUAGAGGAUAACCACAAGCUACAGGAAAAUCUGUUGGCUAAUGGAGUGGAUUUGGUGACCUACAUGACCCGGUUCCAGUGGGAUUUGGCUAAGUAUCCCAUCAAACAAUCCCUCAGGAACAUUGCACAGAUUGUCAGCAAGCAAGUUUCUCAAAUUGAGGGUGAUCUGAAGUCAAAGGCUAGUUCCUACAAUAACCUGAAGGGAAGUCUACAAAAUCUGGAGAGAAAGGCAACUGGAAACUUACUCACUAGAAAUAUUGGUGGCAGGCCACAUGGACAUUCCAGGACUCGGGAUGGGCAGCCAGGAGUAUUAUCCUUAUGUGUAUUACAAGAUCAAUCUGGAUCUCACUGAUGCUUGAGUUAGAAAGCCAGAACAAAAUUGUCAUCAUUAUGAAAUAUAUCAUGUCAUCAUUAUAAACAGAACUGUAUAAACCUGAUGUCCCCGGGGGUAAAUCAUUUUCUGUAUGUGAGGAAUUUCUCUAGAUACAUUCUAUAUCUCCAAAAUAUUUAUUCAAGUACAUUUUAGUGAAUUUUUCGGUACUGAAUAAAGUUUUAUUUUUACAAUAGGAAAUUUAAACCCUUGUGUGUCAACACCAUGUUGGACCUUACUAGUGGAUUCUAAAAAUUGCAAUUGUCUCUUAGAGUAUUAUAUAUCUAUUAAGUGUUUCCAAAUUGCUAUAGUGUUUAUGUUCAAUGUAUAUUUUAAUUUAUGAACAUUGUUUAAUGAAAAAUACAUUUUACGAUCAAAACUUUAUACCAGUAUUUGAAAUAUACAAAGACAAAAUACAGAAAAUAUAGGUGAAAAUUUGUCAAAAUUAAAAAGACAACAUUGAGGGAAAUGUAAUUUUGAGAACAUGGUUUAUUUUAGAAAAUAUCGGCUAUGUUUAGUGUUUGUUUUGGGAUUGUAACAAGACAAAGGAAUGGAUAUCUUUUUAACUUGUGUCUUAUUUUAUAAUUCUUAUGAAUUCCAUGUUUACUGAGCAAAUUAUAAAGUAUAAGCUCCAUGUCAUUAUUUUCUCAACUAAACUUUGUACAUAAUAAAAUGUAUACCAUGUAAUGUCCAGAUGAUUUGAAAUUUCAGAAUUUUACAAAAAAAUGUUAAAAAAAAAUUCUGACAAUUGUUUUAAUUGAAAACAGAGUAAAUUGAUUUAAUGAAGGAGUAAUUUUGUUACUGAAAUAAAGUGCUUAGGGGAGAAUAAACUACACUGCUUAUUGCAAGGAGAGAUAGAUACCCUGUAUCCAAUGUGUUGAAUGGAAUGGAGUUUACAAUGUGAUUUGUCUCAAUGGUACGCCAGAUACCAGUAUUUAUACUACAUAUAUGUUUAUCAUUAUUAGUCUUUCAUAUUACAAUUUUACAAAUUACAAUGUAUAUAGAGUUGGUUAAUUGUUUUGUGUAUGAAGUCUCUCUCUCUAUUUUCCUUUUCAAAAAUGGAUCGGUCAUUAAUACGUUGUCAAAAGUCAAUGAGAUUGAGCUCAUCCUUCUCUGCACUUGUCACUACAGCAUUGUAAUACCAGUGCAUUAGCAGUUAUGGCUACUGAGGCCAGGAUCCUAUCAGGUCAUUACAGGUUAUAAGAUGACUAGAUGAUGGGUAUUAUAGGAAAAAAGUCUGAAAAAAUCAACAUGUGAGAGUUUGGAAACCACAAAUGGAAAUGUACAGGGAGAGAGACUAAUCAGGUAGAUGCUGAGAGGAUCAAAAUGUGAUUUAAUCAUUGAUGUAUUUAUGUGUUUGCAUUGAUUGAUAAUAGACUGUGUAUAAUUUCAAUAUAACCAUGUUCUGUGAUUAAUGCAUUCCAUGAUCAAUUGAUACUUAUAUAGUAUUCUUCAACCAAAUCCCAAUGUUAUUUUAGUUUUUGUUUAAACUUUGUGAACAGCAGCCAUUAGUAAAUCUUUCUUACCUGAACAUCUAAUCAACAUUAAAAUGGAAUCAGGUUAACUCAUUGAAGGAAAUAAAGAAUGUUAUCUGAAUUUAAAAGGAAAUAAAACUGUUGUAUGUAUCUGAAUUCAUGAAGAAGUAAUGUACUAUCUAAAUGUAUGAGGAAGUAAAAAGUGAAUUAGAAUUCAAAAGUAAAUUUAUCAAAAUUUACAGAUACAUAGAGUAUUAUCAGAAAUAACAAAGAAAAAGUAUCAUCAUAGUUUUGAAAUAAAUUUUUAUCAAAACAAGGAUGUGAAGUUGACGGUAUAUGAUCCCUGUGUACAUGUACAUAGGCGUCAGUCUUCGUCUUUCUUUACAGAGAUCUUUUUAUAAUACAUUUUUUCCAUUUUGUUUUAUCAACUUGGUAUGAUAUGAUUCAAUAUUUCUGUUGCCAUACUUCACGAAGAAAGAGCUGUUUAAUCAUCCGACUUGACAGUCACAAUAGAGCAUCAUGCCAACGCUGCUUGGCCUUUGUAUAAUUCGGCUCUCUACUUGUUAUUGUAACCGAUUAAUCUAGUCAAAUUGUAGGUUUCCCAGUCCCUGUCGAUAUUGUGUAAAUCAUCACCAAUACAUUAAAUUAUGCACUGAAGAUACAUGAAGCAUUACAUUUACUGUCUUACAUGUGUUAUCGUAGUAAUAGGCUAUUUGUGUAUAUAUGACAGGUGCUUUGUCAGACCGUCUACAACCGAUACAGGAACUGUUUGGUCAUAUUUUAUAAAGAAUUAAUGUAAUGCUUUUACAAGUUUAUUUUGGGAUACGUGAAGAGGUUUAAAGAAAAAGAUCCAAAUUCAUGCUGUAACAAACUUCUUUGAUGAAGAAGGUGAAGGGGCUAGAAAAUUGUUAGAAUGAAGUUAAUUUACAGGGUAUAAUCAAUAUAGGAUCAUUUCACUGUAUCACCUAGUAUACCUUACCAUUACAACAAAUUUUAAUGAAGAAGAUAUUGAUUUUAAUAGGACUUUAAAUUAUAUUAAUCUCGAAGAUUUUGUUCAUAUAUAAACAAGUGACCAUAUAUCUAUUCAUACAAGCCUAUGGGUGAUGAUGGCUAUAAGAGAACUGCUGGCCAGCAACAGAAGUUUUUAUAGUUACGUAAAAUUAUAUUGUCAUAGGUUUAGAAAGUGAUGGUUGUAUUGUUACUGUAGUAUGUCCACUAUAUGUAAACACAGUUAUUGAACAAUAAAGAUAUUAUCAUGUAUUA